AUGGAGACAAAGGAUGAGAUGGAGAUCUUCAAGGAUUUUGACCUCAAUAAUCUUGACUUGACCAAGGUUGACUACAAGAAGGUUUUGAGGGUGAAAGACACAGAUACAUAUGACAUCGUCAAAAAAGAAUAUUGGCGUUUAGCCGGAAAGUUUCACCCAGAUAAAGGCCCACUACUCAAUAUCACGAUACAUCCUGCGAAAUUCGUGAUUAUCGGAAAGGCCUGGGAAAACUACCAGGAGGUGGCGAAGCAGGAACAGCAGGAACAGUCUAAGGGGUCCAAAGGACGCAAAGAACAUAGUAGGAAGACUGAUCAUUCAACGGAUUUUCAGCCUGAAGCAGUGCCCAAGGCGAGAUCACCGGCUGGAUCAUCGGCUGCUGCGCCCGAGGGAAUUAGACGACAGAAGGUCAAUAGUGAUCGGUCGGCGACAUCCUCAUUUGCAGCGUUUGGCGGGCGCAGGUUCCACAAAUAUCAUAGUCCAGCAACGUUGAGAGCCGGCACCCCUUCAUCGAGAGUCUACAGUUACACAACAAUUAGACUUUACUAA